GUCAGAGGGAGAGCAUCACUUGCAGGGGUCUAGUGUGAAACUGGAAAUGGCGGAGGCGACGAGCUUGAGCUCCGGCACGUAGCUCACGCGUUGCUCCUGCCACCGCGCCGCACUCGCCGGCGAAUCUCCCGCCGCGCCGCCGCCGCCGCUGGAGACCACCAGCUCUCCCGCGCGGCGGCUCCGCGGCUCCGGCCUUCUCCCCUCCUCUUUCCCGCUAGGGUUUUCUCCGAUCCCCAAUCACAGUUAAUUCAGAAAUGGCGUCAUCACAGCAUGUUGAGAUGGAGGCUGCGAAACUUCUUCAUAAACUUAUUCAGGAGUCGAAGGAUGAGCCUGCUAAACUAGCAACGAAACUUUAUGUGAUAUGUCAACAUAUGAAGCUCAGUGGAAAGGAGCAGUCACUACCAUAUCAAGUCAUAUCGAGGGCUAUGGAGACAGUUGUAAACCAACAUGGAAUUGAUAUGGAUGCAUUGCGAUCAUCGCGAAUUCCAUUUGCUGGUGGUCCGCAGGCUGGGGAUUCUAGUGGUGCCAUGCCAAAGGACAAGGAGGUGAUAGGUAAUCAGUCUCCCAUGGUUGGAAGUGAUGCAUCCCAGAAUAGUGGGCAAGCUGGAUUAUGGCAGUUUCCAUCAGGUAAGCAGCUUGAAAAGGAAAAUUGAUAGUUUUGGAGAUAUGAGUUUAACUUCCUGAUGCCUUUUGUGUUGUCAGUUUCAACAGAUAUGACAAGGCAUGGGGCAUCUGUUUCGGCCAGGGUACCCACAGGGCCAAAUAGGGGUGAUUUUUCGGCAGCUGAUAUUCAUCAAGGCUCUAUGUCACAAAAGAGUGGUAGGUCCUCUGGCAUUGAAAGCCCUGCAAGUCUGCAGAUGGAGGACACCAGAUCUAUGAAUUCACAUGAUUCUUUGAAAUCUGAUGAGAAAACAAGUAAGAAAACCUCUUCUAAGAGAAAAAGGAUGGAUUCAAAAGGAGCUGGAGAUCUGCAUUCUGAAGACAACUCAAAGUCAGAUGCUAUCUCCACUGGACAAAAUACCAGAAAGGGGAAACAAGUUGGCAAAACUGGUAGACAAGGUCAGCCUUCCAUGGGGAUGGAGCAUGAGCAACCACGUUCACUGCAAGGUGGUACUGCUCAGGUGCCACCGUUACAUGGUGGUGCACCUUUUAUCAGGGCCCACCAGGAAGGCGCUUUGACUUCUUCUGGGAGGACCAUUGACAAGACUAAACCAUCAAAUCCAUUCACAGUGGCUCAAAUUCCAAAUUUUCCUGAAGGACUGGCUUCUAGUGGUGUCCCUAUUGAGUUGCAGAAAAGUAUACAGGGUGGAGCAAAUUUGUUUAAUGCUGGUUUUGGCUGGAACCAAAAUCCACAAGUUUCAAUUAUGAAGAAUGCUCAAGGGUCUAUUCCCAAUUUAAUGAGUUCUGGAGUUAAUGUCGAAGGGAAAGUUAAUGUAGUGGCACAGGGAGCUUUUAACUCUACUUCUGCACCACAAAUGGGAAUUCCCACCGUUCCUCCUUACAAUUCUUCAUCCUUUGGAGGUAGCUCACAUUUUCUGGACAAAGGCAAGGAAUUGGCUUCUGGCAGUACUGGCACUGAACUUCAUUCAAUAGCUAAAGUUACAUCUCUGCCUGGGAUUCCUCAUGGAAGUCCCAUGCAAGAAAGGCAAGGUAUUAUCAGAGCACAACAGAGAGCCGAGGCAUCUUUGCAAGAAGGCAGACCAUCUGCACUUCCGAAUAGAAAUCCUGGGUCAAGUCCAAUGUCUCACACCUCUUCAAACAUACCAUUCAAAGAACAGCAGCUGAAGCAGCUCAGAGCACAGUGCUUAGUAUUUCUUGCAUUUAGAAAUAAUUUGCAGCCCAGGAAGGUGCAUCUUGAAAUUGCCUUGGGUAGAGGGCCUCCUGCAGAAAGUGACAGUGCAGGUCAGAGGGGCAGCGAGAGCAGAUUGGCUGAUGGUUUGGGAAAGGAAAAUGGAAGCAGUCGGGAGAACUCUGGUGUUUUUUGUAGGCAAAGUGACAUCUCUAGACUUCCAUCCACAUCUGCAGGAAGUAUUGCAGAGGUCGAUUCCUUUCUGAAGGACCCAGAAAAUGCCACAAAGAAGAUCAAGGUAGCUGAACAGAAGUCGUUUAUGGAAGUAGAAAAUAUGCAGCAAGCUUCUGUUAUGCAGGGAACUAGUUCUGAAAUGCGUUCCCAAGAAAUGGCAUCUCCCAUUUCAUCUGGACCACAGCAGUCGUACUUUCAGGGAGAUACGAGAAGAAUCACUCCUGAUAUCCAAAGAACUGAUGCUGAAAAUUUGAACCGGAAUUUGAGUUGGGGAGGCCUGGGACCUACUGCUUUGGGUGGUAAUAGACAACAUCUAAAUCAGGAAACUAAAGAAUCGCUUGCACCUUCAAAGCCACACCAUAUGCCUGUUGAUGGUUACAACUCCAAUAUGCCUGGAAUAGAUCAGAUUCCAGAGACAGUCGGAGUUGGUGAUGAUGUCGAAAAUGGUAGCCAUGCAGCAGAGAUUGUGCCCGAGCAGGCUGCUGAUGGAGAAGAGGAUCUCUCGGAGCAUGAUGAUUUACCGUCAUCUCCUCCAAAGCACACAAUGACGGAAAAAUGGAUCUUGGAUUACCAGAAGAGAAUGUACAAUGAAAAACAAAAAAGGACAUUGGAGCUGCAUAAAUUACAUAGCAGAAUGUCAGUGUCCUAUGAGAAGCUAAAGGAAAGCGUUAAUUCAUCUGAAGAUUUCUCCGCAAAGACAAAGAGUGUCAUUGAAGUGAAAAAACUUCAACUUCUGCCACUUCAGCGUCGUGUACGCAGUGAAUUUUUGUUAGACUUUUUCAAGCCCAAUACAGCUGACUUGGAGCGCAUAAAAGCAGUGAAGAAACAUAGGCAUGGAAGGCGUGUGAAACAGCUUGAAAAAAUUGAACAGAAAAUGAAGGAAGAAAGGCAAAAGAGAAUCCGUGAGAGACAGAAGGAGUUCUUUGCUGAUAUAGAGGCUCAUAGAGAGAAACUUGAGGACAGCUUCAAGGUUAAGAGAGAACGCCUGAAGGGUUUCAAUCGAUACAUAAAAGAAUUUCACAAGAGGAAAGAACGAAUUCAUCGGGAGAAACUGGAUAGGAUCCAACGAGAGAAAAUCAAUCUGCUUAAGAACAAUGAUGUUGAGGGAUAUCUUAGGAUGGUCCAGGAUGCAAAAUCUGACCGAGUUAAGCAACUAUUGCGAGAGACUGAGAAAUAUCUACAGAAACUUGGGGCCAAAUUGCAGAAUGCAAAGUCCACAGAUGGACGUGCAUCUUAUGUUUCUGAUAAGAGUGACCCUGCAAACGACAUCGAAGAUGAGAGCUACCAGCCACAGCAUUAUCUGGAAAGUAACGAAAAGUACUAUCAACUGGCCCACAGUGUUAAGGAGACUGUGAAUGAUCAGCCAUCUUAUCUUCAGGGUGGAAAAUUGCGAGAGUAUCAGAUGAACGGUUUGCGUUGGCUGGUUUCAUUGUACAAUAACAAUUUGAAUGGAAUAUUAGCAGAUGAGAUGGGUCUUGGUAAAACAGUACAAGUAAUCUCCCUGUUAUGCUACCUUAUGGAAACAAAAAACGACCGAGGACCUUUUCUUGUGGUUGUACCAUCAUCUGUUCUUCCUGGAUGGGAAUCUGAGCUCAACUUCUGGGCACCUAGUAUAAAUAAAAUUGCUUAUGCUGGUCCUCCGGAAGAAAGGCGCAGAAUGUUCAAAGAGAUGAUUGUUCAUCAAAAGUUCAAUGUUCUAUUGACAACAUACGAGUACUUGAUGAACAAGCAUGAUAGGCCGAAACUAAGCAAAAUACAGUGGCAUUAUAUAAUAAUUGAUGAAGGACAUCGUAUAAAGAACGCUUCUUGUAAGCUCAAUGCUGAUUUGAAGCUUUAUCGGAGCUCUCAUCGGCUAUUGCUGACAGGAACUCCUCUGCAGAAUAAUCUCGAGGAGCUGUGGGCACUUUUAAAUUUCCUUUUGCCCAAUAUAUUUAAUUCAUCAGAGGAUUUUUCUCAGUGGUUUAACAAACCAUUUGAAAGUAAUGGUGAUAAUUCACCUGAUGAGGCCUUACUUUCAGAGGAGGAAAACUUGCUGAUCAUAAAUCGUCUUCACCAGGUUCUUCGGCCCUUUGUACUCCGAAGACUUAAGCAUAAGGUUGAAAAUGAGCUGCCAGAAAAGAUUGAAAGGCUUGUAAGAUGUGAGGCAUCUGCUUAUCAGAAACUCCUUAUGACAAGGGUGGAAGAAAAUCUUGGUGGAAUUGGAGCCGUUAAGGUUCGCUCUGUGCACAAUUCUGUCAUGGAACUGAGAAACAUAUGCAACCAUCCUUACCUGAGCCAGCUUCAUGUUGAAGAGAUUGAGGGCUAUCUACCUAAACAUUACCUGCCAUCUAUUGUGAGGCUCUGUGGAAAACUUGAGAUGUUGGACAGACUGCUACCGAAACUCAAAGCAACUGACCAUAGGGUUCUUCUUUUUUCUACAAUGACAAGAUUGCUUGAUGUAAUGGAGGAUUACCUUGUUUGGAAGAAGUAUAAGUACCUUCGGUUGGAUGGGCACACUUCUGGCCAUGAAAGAGGAGCUCUUAUUGAUAAAUUUAAUGAUCCUAAUUCUCAAGCAUUCAUUUUUCUUCUUAGUAUACGAGCUGGAGGUGUUGGUGUCAAUCUCCAAGCAGCUGAUACUGUUAUCAUAUUUGAUACCGAUUGGAAUCCUCAGGUUGACCUGCAAGCACAGGCUAGGGCCCACAGGAUUGGUCAGAAGAAGGAGGUUCUUGUUUUACGUUUAGAAACGGUCCGGACUGUUGAAGAGCAAGUCAGGGCUUCAGCAGAACACAAAUUAGGUGUUGCUAAUCAAAGUAUAACUGCUGGUUUCUUUGACAAUAACACAAGUGCUGAAGAUCGAAGGGAGUAUCUUGAAUCACUACUACGUGAGUGUAAGAAGGAAGAAGCAGCUCCAGUGUUAGACGAUGAUGCUCUGAAUGAUAUUCUUGCUCGAAGUGAAGCUGAGAUUGAUGUAUUUGAAUCUAUUGACAAGCAAAGGAGAGAAGAAGAAAUGGCUGCUUGGCAAAAGGUGGUUCAGGAUGGUUCUACUAGUGGGCUAGACCCUGAAGUAUUGCCUUCUCGUCUUGUAACUGAUGAUGAUCUCAAGCCCUUCUGCCAUGCUAUGAAGCUUUACGAGCCAUCAAAUGUGAAAAGUGUAAAGGUGAAUGUGAGGAAGAAGGGUGAACUUGGAGGCCUUGAUACACAGCAUUAUGGAAGGGGUAAACGAGCUCGUGAGGUUCGCUCUUAUGAGGACCAAUGGACCGAAGAAGAAUUUGAAAAACUUUGUCAAGCUGAUUCUCCCGAAUCACCCCAACCUGGUGGUAUGUCGAAGGAUUUAGAUAUUCCUAAAGGCAUUAAGCCUGAAAUUCUUGCGGACAGUUCAAAAGAACCAGAGCAAAUGAGGAAAGAGGAAUCCCCAACUGUUGGGGACUCCCCACCAGCGAAACGGCGGAGAGGUAGACCUAAAAGGUCGGAUAUUUUCUUGUCUCCUACAGCUCCAACUGAUGCUGUCAAACAUGAGACUGGAACCACACAGGAUGGUAGUUCUGCUACACCAGCAAGUACCAUCCAUUCUGAUGCACCAGCUACUCCGAUCCAUUCUGCUGCUUCAGAUGUUAACGUACAUUCUAUUUCAGCAGCUGAUGUUAACAAACCAGAGUUUGGUACUGAGACUAAAUCUUCCGGAUCUGUCACUGUUCUGGAAGGACCUGUAGAAAAGGAAAUUGGUUUACCAUUACAGAGUGUUCAUGAUGUAGCAGGUCCUCCAGCACCUCAUCAACCAGCUAGAGGCAGGAAAGUCCAAGCAGGAGAAACACCUCGCAGACGAGGCCGAAAACCAAAAUCUCUAACAUCAUCUGGUGUAGAUGAUGUUAGCCUUAACCCAACUGUUUCAGCUGGUAGCGGAGUAGCAGACACUAGUUGUGUUUCUUCAUAUACUCAAGUCAAUACUCCCCCAUCACAAGGGAGUGCUGUGGCAGUGGCAGGAGUCCAGAGGGAUUUGGUCGCAGUUAAACUGGAUACAACGUUACCAGAUAGCGGUAAGCAUAUUUCUCCUGUUCACGAAGGAGAUAAAGGUGCGACCAUUUCAACACCUGUGGCAAAAGAUAUAUGUGCUGGAACUGUGACAUCAGACAAUACUAUUACACUGGCACCAAAUACUCAUAAUGAAAAUGUUGGAUUGCUUCAAGUGGCACCUGCACCUACUAUGCCUGUGGUUUCAGAAGGAUUGGUGGAAAUAUCACAUGUUGUGGUGGCGGAUAAGCCUGUUGAGAAGCAAUCUGCUUCACAUCGCCGCAGAAAGAAAACAUCUGGUACUGAGGAUUCUGGGGUCAGCACUAGACAAAGAUCAGCUAUGAAGAAAUCGUAUUACACUGUUAAUAUUGAUGAAGUUGGUUCUGGUAUGACCCAAAGUGAGAAAUCGGGAAUAAUGAAGGAAAGAGAUGGCAGUUCACUUCAAAAUACUUCUAAUGAUGUACCAAAUAUUAACUUACCAUUGCAUGAGAAGUCUGGGUAUGAUUCUCAGCCAAGCACACCUGUAGCUGUCCCAAUCAAUGAAGCUACACUACCUAGUGGUUUUAAUGAUACCCAUGCUACUCAUUCUGAAAUUACACUUGCCACAUCUGCCAAUCCUCCUUUCGUUGAUAAACCGGUUGAUUUGCACCUUGAUGCACCUGUUCCUGUUGAUUCCCAAAAUCAAGGACAACUCAAGAUAGGGGAGGAUAAUGUGGCCAUGUGCUCUGAAGCCCCUGCUAGUAAGGAUGCCACUUUGGUACCUUCUGAGGUUGACAGUGCUCCUCCAAAUAAAGCACCAGGCAGGAGGAGAAAAGGGUCGGCUCGGGAACCACGGAGCAGAAGUAAUUCUGCAACAGCUACAAGUGAACGACGCGCCCGACUUACUGGAUUGAAGCAGGCGGAGGACAUAAAAAAGUUAGAGAUAUCAGCGAGGCCCACCACAACAGUUGAGCAACUGGGAGCUGACUCUUUAAGAGCUGAGGUUACCACCGCUUCUGUUUGUGAAACAGAGAAGAAUCCUGGGAGUCAUGUGUCUUCUGACAUUUCAAUUCUGGUGGGGAGUCAUGUGUCAGGCGCAUUAGUUACUGAAGAGGCAACUGCCACGAUGAUGACGCAAACUCCUGCAGUGGCUAAAUCAGAAGAAAGAAAACUUCCAGAUGAUUUACAAGGUUCUGAUUUUGAUAGUUCAGUACCACAAACCAAGCUGGUUUCAGCUGUGGAACCAGCACCUUCAAAUGAUGAACACAUGCAAGGUACAGAAGUUAAUAGUUCAGAACAGACAAAAGUGGUUUCAGCUGCUGAAUCAGCACCUGAUGAACAUGUGCAAGGUAUAGAGGUUGAUAGCUCAGAACAACCAACAAAGACAGUCGCAGUUGCAGAAUCAGCACCUUCAAAUAAUGAAGAACACGCAGCGCAUGGGGUGCAUCUUAAGACUGCUGAUGUUAAUAUGCUUACCUGUAGUGCAGCAACAGACAUAUUGCAGGAUAAACUUGAUAGCAGUGCUGCUUGCCACUCAGAUGCACCGUGUACAGAUGAAAUUGCUAGGCAGUCUGAUGCAUCACUACUAGAUGUCAAAGCUCCUCAUGAUUCCUCAGCUAAAUACACUCCUGGCUCCACCAAAGAUGAUGAUUAUGUCUUGCACAGUGAAGGCACUGAUGUUGAUGUCACUGUUUCUAAGAAAGACGAUGUGAAAAUUUAUGACACACAAGCUGAUGAUAUUUCUAGGGGUUCGCCUGCUACUUCACAAGCAACUCAGUUAGAUCAGCCUUCAGAUCUAGUUGAGAGUUUGGAGAAUAGGAAGGAACAGGUGAAAAUGGAAGAAACGUCGGGUAAGAGUUCUGGUGAAGGUCAAACUCAUAAUCAGGGCAAUGAAACUUCUCACGAUACAACAUUAUUAACUAACUCUCCUUCAGAAUACUUGAAUGAGAGUUGUUCUGCUCAAGUAGAUGGUGACACAUUUAAAAGUAAAGAAAAUAUUGUUGAAAUUCAUGCUGCCAUGAAUCUUGAUGUCCCUGAGGAAGCUCAGGAUGCUUCAUCCGCACAAUCUCAGAAAGAGGCCAGCACGACCGAUGGCGAUACAUUUGAAACUAAAAGAACUCCUGUUGAGACCCACUCUGCCAUGAAUACUGAUGGUCCUGAGGAAGCCCAGGAUGCAUCGUCUACCCAAUCUGAUAAAGAGUCCACUGAUAAAGAGUCCAGCAUGGCAGAAGUUGGUGUCUCUACCUAUAGUAGUCCCACAGUUUGCAAAGCACAUAAUGAUCUUGAGGGCCAGGUAUCUUGUGAAGAAAUCUUGGUUAGGGCUGGUGGUGACAACCAAACCCAUAGCAAUGCAAAUGAUGUUUCUAAUUAUAAAAUCGAGGACACCAUUGUUAGUCCUGUUGACACCACACGAGAAUCGAUAGAAGAAAGCGCCAUUAAUGUUUCAGAAGAUUCUGAUAUGAAUAAGCAAAGCUGCACCUUGCAUGAUCCCCCUGCAAGUACACUGGCGACAGUAUAUGAGUCUAAGAAAGUUAUUGGUGAUGCUGAAAUUGUUUGUGCUGGCAGGUUAGAAUCUUCUGGUACUGAGACUGAAACAGUGGGUAUCCAUGAGAUUUCUCUUGCUGAUCUUGAGAGAACAAAAAAAACAGGGGAUUUGGUUGAAAAAACUGGCAGUCCGUUGUGUGGUGAUGUUCUUGGUACAUCACGUUCCAUGAUAGGUGUUGUGUGUGAAAAGGCACCUACUGAAGAUCUUACUGCAGGCAGCCAUUCAGAAGCACAUAGUUCACUUGUUGCUCUAGAACCAGCUCAAGAAACUACUGUUGCAAAUACAGUAGUAUUUAUGGAUGCCUGCAACACAGAACCUGAUGGUGAUUCUACUAUCGCUGAAGGAGCAAAACAUACUGUAGAAAUGGUUCAUUCUGCGGAAGAGCAAUCUGCUGCAUCUGAACAUGCUGAGACACAGGAACAGCCAACUGUGAUUUGUGGUCCAACGCUAAAUGAAUCUCAGACUGCAGGGUUGGAAGAUGACUGCUCAUUACUAGAGCAUGGUGGUCCUAUUGCCUCAACUGAGCUUCUUGUUGUAGCAUCCAAUCCAAUCAGUGAAACUUCUGAUAUUCAAGUGGAAUCUGAGGCAACAAAAUCAGAUGGGUACUGCACAGCAGAGAACGGCAUUGCUACAUCUGAAACUAUCAUGGAAUUGGAGCCAAAUAAAGAAACUGCUGUUCCUAUGCAAGAGGAUGUUACAGUAGCUAAUGAUACUAUUGCUACAUAUAAGGCAUGCGAUGAUUCUGAGAAUCGUGCAUUUGGUGAAGCGUCAAUGGAAAUGCAACCAGAGAUCAAGGCAGCAUCUUCUAUUCAGUCUGGUGCAGAAAAUGUAAUCACACAGGCUCCUUCGCUGUCUGAUGGAACGGAACAAACCAAUAUGGCUUCAGCUUCAGAACUAGCACCUGAAAAUGAUAAAGAACAUAUGCAAGGCACUGAAGUUAAUAGUUCAGACCAACAACCAAAGAUGGUCUCACCUGCUAGUGAUGAACACGUGCAAGCUGUGGAGGCACAUAGUUCAGAACAAAAAACAGUAUCUUCACCAGGCGACGAGAUUAAUAGUUCAGAACUACAAACAAAAGUUGAUUCAAUUGCAGAGAUUGAAUCAGCGGACGUCAAGGAGACUGCCAUUGCUGAUCAUGAGGAAACAGGCGAUCAGAGUGGCAUAAGUACACAUGCUCCUCUAUUAACUGAAUCUGGAGAAAAAGGAUCACCUGGAACUGAUUUGCGUGGAUGCAACAUGCAUGAAUUGCAUCAGACAACUGGUGAUGGUGCUAUAUUAUCAUCUGGUGGAGAACAGGACCCGUUGCGAGAUAACAUGGGUAGUGGCGGUGGUGUGGAGCUACCAGCUUGUCAAAGAAAAACAGAUUUUGAGGGUGACAAGGAUCAUUCUACUGGGGUUAACGUAGAGGGCAUCCAAGGACCUUAUGAUGCCUCAGACAAGGAUCAUUCUACUGAUCCUCCUGCAACUACCCUGGUGAUGUCUGAAUCCUGUAAAGAUACCUGUGAUGCAGAAAUUGUUUGUGCUGGCAAGAUAGAAUCUUCUGGUAGCGGUGAUAUUGGGACAGUCGGUGUCCAGGAGGCUGCUGAUUUUGCUGAUCAAGGUAUUGAGGCUCAUAGUUCAGAACAAAUGAAGAAGGUUUCAGUUGCACAAGCGGCAUCUACUAUGGCUUUAGUAGGAUAUUCUUCUUCGGAAGACUCAAUGUUGGAUGAUUCUACCCGAGCAGCUGAUGGUGGCGAUUCUUUGGAUAGUAAAGGAGCUGGUGUUGAUGGCCAAGAAACUACAUCAACUCAAAUCACCCCUACUCUUCCAGAGAAUACUGACAUGGAUUGGCAAAGCUGCCCCUUGCAAUCUGGGAAUGAUUCUCCUGCAACUACUGCAGCGACGGUUGAAUCCGAUAAAGAUACCGGCGAUGCUGGAGCUGCUUGCGUUGUCAAGACAGAAUCUUCUACUGGAAUAGGGAUUGAAAUGAUGGGUAUCCAGGAAAUUUCCAUUUCUGGUCAGCAAGGAGCCGUAGGAACAGGUGAUCUGAACAAGGAAAAUGGCAGUUUGCAACGUGGUGAUGGCUGUGGUACAUCAUGUUCCACAUUAGUUGGCCAUUCAGAAGUGCCCACUUCAGUUGAACUUGUUGCUGCACAAUCAACUCAAGAAGCUACCAUUUCAGACCGAGAGGAAACUGUUGUCUAUGAAAAAGCAACUAGUGGAGAAGAGCUUACUGUAGGUAGCUGUUCAGGUGUGCCCACAUCAGUGGUAUUUGUUGGUAGUGAAUCAACUCAAGAAACUAUGUCGAACCAAGAACAAAUUAUAGAUGCUGUGGGUUCUAAGCAUGAAAGCAAGACUGAAGAUGUUAAAGCUUCUGAAGAGCAACCAAUUCUAUUUGAACUUGUUGAUUCACAUGCAAAGCCAAUUGAUAUCUGUGGUCAUAUGCAGGAGGAAUCCAUAGAAAACUUGAAAAAUGAUGGCUCAGAACCUAAAGAUGGUAGCCCUACUGCCUCGUCUGAGCGUGUUGCAGAACCCGAGCCAAUUGAUGAAACUUCUGUUAUGCAAGUGGAACUGACAACGAGUACAGGGGAUGAAUGCGCAGCAGAGGAUCACAAUGUUGUUUCAUCUGAAACUGUUAUGGAAUCGGUGCCCGUUCAAGAAAUUGUUGUUCCUAUGCAAGAUGGUAAAGAAGCUAAUGAUGCUGAUAGUGCUUGCAAAGAAUGCAAAGAUCUUGAGGGUCAUGCAUCUGGUGAUGUGUCAAUGCCAGUAGAAUCAGAAAUUGUUGCUACACAAGGGCAUGGCACAGAAGCUUAUGAUACUACUAUCAUCAGUGAAGUAUGCAAAGGUACCAAGUCUCAUGUAUCUGGUGAAGUACAAAUUCCAUUGGAGUCAUUGUCACUCAAGGUGGAGCUGCGGAACGAAACAGAUGACUUUCAAGGUAAUGAUCUUCCCACUAUAGUGGGAGCCGAGGUAUUAAACACCGAGUCCACACCUGGGGCAGCAAUUGCAAAUUCUGGUGGUGCUGACACUGAACAGAAGUUGCCACCUUCAUCUGGUGAGGCCAUGUUAGACACAUCUAGUGAGCCACCCAACGAAGAAGCUCAGGAGGCUUCAAGCUCUGACCCUUCAGGAAAUGAUGAAAUUGCAAAGAAGGAAGAUGAGGCUGCUGCUGCUGCUCAGGGAAUGCUAAACAGCGAAACUGCUCAAGGUGGUGAAAAUAUAAAACUUGGUGAAGCAGACACUGAAGUGCAAUUGCCACCUUCAUCUGUUGAGGAGGCCAUGGUUGACAUAUGUAGCGAGCCACCCAGCCAUGAGGUGAAGGAGGCUCCAACCAGUGAUCCAUCAGGGAGUAGUGAAAAUGUCGAGAUGGAAAAUGCUGCUGCUGCUGCUGCUCAGGGACUGCUGAACACUGAACCUGCUCCUGGUGGUGAAAAUGCAAAGCUUGGUGAUGCUGACACUGAAGUGCAAUUGCCACCUUCAUCUGUUGAGGAGGCCAUGGUAGACAUAUGUAGAGAGCCACCCAGCCAUGUGGUGAAGGAGGCUCCAAGCAGUGAUCCAUCAGGGAGUAAUGAAAAUGUCGAGACAGAGAAAGCUGCUGCUGCUGCUGCUGCUGCUGCUGCUCAGGUACAGCUAAACACCAAACCUGCUCCUGGUGGUGAAAAUGCGAAGCAUGGUGAAGCUGACACUGAAGUGCAAUUGCCACCUUCAUCUGUUGAGGAGACCAUGGUAGACAUAUGUAGUGAGCCACCCAGCCAUGAGGCGAAGGAGGCUCCAAGCAGUGAUCCAUCAGGGAGUAACGAAAAUGUCGAGACGGAAAAUGCUGCUGCUGCUGCACAGGUACUGCUAAACCUCGAACCUGCUCCUGGUGGUGAAAAUGCAAAGCAUGGUGAAGCUGACACUGAACAGCAAUUGCCGCCUUCCUCUGGUGAGCCGAUGGUAGAUGUAUCUCAUGAGUUACCAAGCCAAGAGGUAAAGGAGGCUCCAAGCAUCAGCCCUUUAGGAAAUGAUGAAGAUGCGAAGAUGAAAGAGGCCCCUGCUGCUCAGGGACCACUAAACAUGGAAACUGCUCGUGGUGGUGAAAAUGCAAAACUCGGUGAAGCUGGCAUGGAGCUGCAAUUGCCACCUUCAUCUGGUGAGGCAAUGGUAGAGAUAUCUAGUGAGCCACUCAGCCAUGAUGCCGGCUGUGAAUCUUCAAAACUUGCUGGAGCUGAUACGGAACUGCAAUUGCCACCAUCUGGUGAGGCUGUGGUAGAUACAUCUAGUGAGCCGCCCAGCUCCCAAGAGGUAAAUGAGGCUCCAAGCAGUGAUGCUUUGGGAAAUGAUGAAAAUUCAAAGAUGGAAAAGACCGACGCUGCUGUGCAGGGACUGCUAAACACCGAACCUGCUCUUGGUGGCGAAAAUACAGAACUCUGUGAAGCUGACACUGAAAAGCAAGCGAUACCAGUAUCUGCAGAGGUUAUGGUAGAAUCAUCUAGUGAGCUUCCCAGCCAAGAGGGAAGGGAAGCUCUGACCACUGACCUGUCGGGGGAUGAUGAAAAAGCUAAGUCGGCAAGGGCUGCAGUUGUUGCGGAACUUUUUGGAGAUGCAACAGAAGGCGGUUCAGAUCAGCCAUUACUGUCUCCUAGAGGUCAAGGCGAGGAUGCAGAUGCUGAUGGAGGUGUAUAGUAAAAUAUGCAAAUAUUGUACUAAGAACUACUAGAAUCCGUGUAAGUAAGAACUGCCAUUAGAGCUUUAGUUGUGAGUUGUAACCCGUUGAAGCUUUUACUGAAAUUAAUGCUAGUUUACGUGGUGCUGAGAUUACAGCAGCAGUGGCGCACGACAGUUCAUUGUUUUCAAACGUGUGAAUGUUCCCUGAACUGAUGUGUGUCGCUUGAUCCACCUUACAUCGCAUUGUGGUGUUAAGACACGGUUCAUUU